AUGCCUUUUACAACGAAGAGUAUCGUGCAUGAGACAAUGAUGGCCCCCGGGGUCGAAAACCGCCAGCAUGCCUUCGGCGUGUUCAUGGACACAUUCAAUGCGAUGAGGAACUACUUUUUGGAGCACUAUGAGAAGGGCAUAGGGAUGUUCAUUCCUAGCCUUGGUGCCUUUUUCUUUGAUAACAUCCACGACGCUAGAACAGACCGCCCAGCCAGAAUCCCCCGCUUCGUAUUUCUUUCACAUUUUCUCACCCGAUCGGGGUUGCAGUGUCCCAAAGAUCAGAACGCAGACACGCUCAAUCUCAACAUGGGUAGCCUCUUUGAAACAAAGGGUCCGAUGCAUCGUAUAAACUGGACAACUGUGGCCGGAAAGGCAGGCCUCACCCCUGCAGAUUGCAAGGAAGCGUGGGACCUCUUAUUGAAGACUCUACAAAGUAAUAUCCUUUCCGGGGUAGAUGGCUCUAUAGAUUUCGGCAUUGGAACCUUUACAACAACCAAUUUCAGAGGGGGUAUGAAGCUUAAGAAGUGGGUGCAAGCAGACCUUUGCAACAAUGGAACCCUGGGCGUUGUUAAAACUAACCAGGCCAUGACAACAUUGGGGACAUUCAGGGUUACUGAACAGCUUCCUCGUGGGACGACCAUAAUUCGCAAAUAA